GGACAAAUCCAACCUGUACCCGGGCGGGGGCCAGGUGGGCGGGGGCGCGCUGCGGCCGAACGGGCAGACCAAGUCGCUGGUGCCGCAGCGGCUGGCGCUGGAGUACAUCGUGCCCUGCAUGAACAAGCACGGCAUCUGCGUGGUGGACGAGUUCCUGGGCAAGGAGGUGGGCGGGCGCAUCGCCCGGGAGGUGCGGGCCCUGCACCACACUGGCCGCUUCACCGAUGGGCAGCUGGUCAGCCAGAAGAGCGACUCCUCCAAGGACAUCCGCGGGGACAAGAUCACCUGGGUGGAGGGCAAGGAGCCCUGCUGCCAGACCAUCGGGCUCCUCAUGAACAGCAUGGACGAUCUCAUCCGCCACUGCAAUGGAAAGCUGGGCAACUACAAAAUCAACGGCAGGACGAAAGCAAUGGUGGCUUGUUAUCCAGGCAAUGGAACAGGAUAUGUGCGUCAUGUUGAUAAUCCAAAUGGAGAUGGAAGAUGUGUCACGUGUAUAUAUUAUCUUAAUAAAGACUGGGAUGCCAAGGUAAGUGGAGGUAUUCUUCGAAUAUUCCCAGAAGGCAAAGCUCAGUUUGCUGAUAUCGAACCCAAAUUUGAUAGACUGCUGUUCUUCUGGUCUGACCGCCGCAACCCUCAUGAAGUGCAGCCAGCAUUUGCUACAAGGUACGCAAUAACAGUGUGGUAUUUUGAUGCAGAUGAAAGAGCACGAGCUAAAGUAAAAUAUCUAACUGGUGAAAAAGGUGUGAGGGUUGAACUCAAUAAACCUUCUGACUCCAUUGGGAAAGACGUUUUAUAAAGCAUUUAAUCUAGCAACUUUCCUUGCUACUCUCCCCUGGUGAACUCUUAACUCUUGAAUGUGAAUAAUGAGAUAAAGGAAAAUUGACAACAGAUCAACAUUUUAAUAAGGAAACAAACACAGCAUUUCAAUGUUGCAUCAAACAGAAGAUUUUGACUGCAAAUCAGCAUUGUGCUAUGUGAUUGUGACUUCAGACCUGUGACUGCUUAUGUAAAGAAGUUAAGCAAUCAGUAAGAAAUAGCGUACACAUAUGGACAUGAAAUAAGUGCCCUACAUUGAAAUUUUCCAUUCUUAUAUUUUGCCAGACCUGUCAUCCAGCUGAAUCCAAUUCAUCUCCCCCUUUUUUAUAUGGUAAAGUUUGGAUUUGGGAUAAUUUUUGUAUGACCAGGUACAACUUAUUGAAAUUGAGUAGAAAUACAGUAUUCUCCAAAAUGUCAUUGAUCUAUUUUUGUAAAACUAUUCAUACUGUUCUCUUCCAUGAAAGACCUAAUUUAAUAUAAGAAUUGCCAGUAACUACUGAUGACUUUAAUUUUCUUUACACCUGAAAUCCGAAAAGGAGCACUUUAAUAACCAGCUAAAAACCUGAUUGUUUUAUGUUCAUAUCUCACACUAAUUUGAAUUUUAAGAUUGCUGCUGUAUUGUUUUUGACUAUGUCCUUUAUGAAACUUGUUAACAAACAAAUCACUGUUACUAUCAAUAACUUCUAAUUCAUGGUGUGUAUGUGUGUUUGAAUCUGCAGAGGGGAAGGGUUCUGUGUCUCUAAGUGACUGGCACUAAGUGAACUUGACACUAUCCAUGCUAUAGGUGGUCUUGGGGACCUGGUAAAUACCGUCAAGCUCCUUGGAUACGUAAGGGCUUUCCUAGACUUCUAGAGGUUCCCAAAAUCACAUCCCUACUUGACAGGAGACUUUCACAUUUUUCUUCCUUUCUGAAAGAUUUUCUUUUAGUCUAUGUAAGUUAAUAGAAUGUUGAAAUUCACAAACUUUAUGUUCUUUCUGAGUAUCAGUGUCCCAUCUGAUCUGCAGGCUGGCACCUUGAUCUAUUAUAUAGUAUCAAGCAAACAUUCAAUACAUUGAGGCUGAAGUGCAUCACUACAGGCUUCAUGUGUAAUACAUUCUGCUGAAGGAUUUCCCCAGAAAGGCACUGACCUUUGAUCAGUACUGAGUAUUUAGUGAAAAAAUUUGCUUUUAUUUUUACAUGUUAAUUUUUUAAAAGGAAAAGCAGACUUUACAUUCAAAAGCUUUCAAAUUCUGUUACUUAAGAGAUGGAUGUUGUUGUCAUGAGUUUAAAAGUUUGAGAAAGCAAAGAAAAUCCUAAAAGGCAGCAUCCAUAUUUAUAAAUGUUUUUGGUAUUCGAGUUCGCCGACUUCAGUUUUUCUGUCUGUCCUUGAUUUCCUGACAUAGCCAAAACAAUGUGAGUGUACAGAAAUGUUUCUGUAUAUAAUAUUACAAUUUAAGACAAUUUUAGCAUCUGUAUAGUUUGUAUUCAAUCAGACCUUUUCUAUGGAAAGCUCAGUAAUUUUUAUUAUAAAAGAUUACUAUUCAUGUAAAACAUGAAAAACCCAACAACCCUAAUUGUAUUUAGUGACAAACUGACCUGGGGAGGGGGUGGGGAAUUCAGUAUUGUAAUACAAUGGAGGAGACCUUAAUGGAAAAUUUUUCAUUUUGUUCAGAACUUUAUUCUCACUCUUCACAGCUUUGCUUCUCUUUCCUCCCUUCUUCCCAGAAAAUCAAACAAGACACCUCUACUGUAAGUGCCUCUGCCAGCCUGACCAAGGAGUACAAAUCUUCAUUACUGUCUAGUCUGCAGUGCGGUGCAUUGCUUUAGGCCAACUUUAAAAAAAAAAAAAAAAAAAAAGCCAUCACUUUUAAUCUUACUACUUUUGUAUUAUUUUGAUGGAGAUUUGAUUGGUUUUGUUUUGGAAAUAUACAGCAUGAGCUUUUCAAUUCUUUGUCAGUCAGUCUGUAAUUCAAACUUCUAUUUCUGCAGGUAUGCAAAGUAUCAGAUUCUAAUCACUGUAUAGGUUUGUGCUUGCCAGACAGGUUUUAAAAAGUGCUUAAUUUUUUUGUUUCAUCAUUCUUGUCAAUCACUACAAAAGGGUCAGAAAAUCAGAGCAGCCAUUUCAUUAACAGUAUCCUUUUAGAAUCUGUUUAUUUCAUGUCAAUUGAAAUCUACAAUUGUGAGUGUCAUGAAGCAGGUCCUGUUUAAAACUAUUUUUUAAACUGUCUUAUGACCUUUAUAUGUUUAGUCCUGGUUAAAGAUAAAGCUUCCUAAUGCUAUUUUUAUUCAUUACAUUAGCCGACUAUAAAACACACGAGACUUUUUUCUAUAACAGGCAAAGAAAUUCAGGAUUCAUUUACAGAUUGCCUAUAAAGUCAUGUAAUUUGAAAAGCAGUGUUCAUUAUAAAGAGCUCUCAAGUUGCUUGUAAAGCUAAUCUAAUUAAAAAGAUGUAUAAAGGUUAUCGGAAAACAAUGUGGUGGUUAUUUGUAAUUCUGUAACUUUUUAAAGCUUACUCCAAAGCAACUAAUUUAUAAUCUGAUAAAAUAAGGGUGUGUGUCUGUUUUUAGCAUUCAGUGACACUGCAGCUACAGUCAAGGGUCUGUCAUUUGUUUCCUUUAUAAACUCUGUUUUUAAUUAUC